UUUUCUUCUGUUCAUCCUUUUCACUGCAGGUAAAAAGAACAAUAGUGUUUGUAACGUUGAGUAAAAAUACAGAUCACUGGAUGUCUCGCUUUAUAUCAUUCUUUUUUUUAUUAAUAAAGGACACUCUCUCUACUGUUAUGAGUGCAUGGGUCUGACGGGAUUUUGUGUAAAAAAACCAGUGAUGUGUCCCUUCAGCGCUUCUAACUGCGUGAGUUCAACAAUUGUAGUAGAAAUUGGUAACAUCAGAUCCAACAUGAAGAUUAAAGGUUGUUCUCUUGGCUGUGAAAGUGGGUCCAUGAACCUUGGCAUUUUAAAGUCAUCUUAUUCCUGCUGUAGCACUAGCUUUUGUAAUGCCAAAUACUCUCCAGAUCCCAAUACAAUUGUUCGCAAUGGAAAGACCUGCUACUAUUGUGAUGGAUUGAGCUGCUCAAACAUAUUGAGCUGUUCAGGGAGUGAAGACCGCUGCAUUACAGCAACAGGGUCUGUUGAAGGCCGGGCAACGGUGGUAAAAGGCUGUGUUGCUAAAUCCAUUUGUGAUUCUAAAUCAUUAGUUAAUCGUUUCCAGGACAUCUCAUGUUGUAAGGGGAACCUGUGUAACGGUGAUGAAAGUGUAACCCAGAGUGUCACCCAGAGCGCCACCCAGAGUUUCAUGUAUGACGAUGAUGAAAGUGUCACCCAGAGCUUCAUCCAGAGUGUCACCCAGAGUUUCAUGUAUGACGAUGAUGAAAGUUUCACCCAGAGCUUCUUCCAGAGUGGUACCCAGAGCUUUGUGUAUAACAAUGCUGAGAAUGUCAAGUAUAAUGAUGCGGAGAGUGCCAUGUAUAGUGAUGCUAAGAGUGUCAAGAAGAGCUUCAUGUAUGAUGAUGCUAAGAGUGUAACUUAUAAUGUUGCUCAGACUAUCUCUCAGAGCUUCCUGUUCCUCUGCAGUUCUCUGCUCUUUUUCAUUCUGCUGCACUAAAUCCAGCAGCUCUGGAGAUUCUGCUGCAAAGCCAAAAUCUGACAUGCUGAAUAUAGCUUGUGUUUCUUUGUUCUAUCAUUACAGGAAAUUAUCACACAUGUCCUUUCUGCUUUUUU